UAUUCUGUUCGUAUUUCCGUCUCGCGGGUUUCGCAGUUUGGGGGAGCUUUUAAUAAACAAACGUCCGUUUAUUGAAACAUGAGCUUCGUCUCGGAAACACGGGCAGUAGGAACGUCGUGACAUUUAAAGGAGAAAAUGUCCAAAACAGCUGCAGGAGGUUCUGGUUUAAAGGACUUCCGGGAAGGACCGGUGAUGUCCGACAACGCGUCCCUUCCCUCUUACUCCGACUAUCCGUUGGACCGGCCGUUCCUCAAUUCCUUGCAGCGUCGGUCCUCCAGCAAACCUGCCAAGGCGUACCCAGAGAGCAGCAGUGCAGCCAUCCUGUCAGCGCUGAGGAACCUGCAGGAGAAGAUAAGACGGCUGGAGCAGGAGCGAGCUGAGGCAGAGGAGAACCUGAGGCGUCUCUCCAAGGAAACCGCACGUUAUAGUAGAACGCUGGAGGCCGAGAGGGACGCUGCCAACGGGGGGAGCGUGCGCAACCGAGAGCUGACCGAGCAGCUGGCUGCAACAGAGUCCCGCUGCCACCUGUUGGAGAAACAGCUGGAGUACAUGAGGAAGAUGGUGCGCAACGCAGAGUCUGAGAGAACUGCUGUUCUAAAAGAGCAGGUGUCACUGGAAAAAGAAAAAUCAGCCGAUCAUGCAGAAGUUCAGGUCAAGUUAGAAAAGCUGGACCUGUUGGAGCGGGAGUACUUGAAGCUGACCAAAACUCAAAAUUUGGCAGAGAGCAAGAUCCAGCAGUUGGAGUUGAAGCUGCGUGAGGAGGAGCACCAGAGGAAGCUGAUCCAGGAGAAAGCUGCCCAGUUACAGACAGGCCUCGAAGCCAACCGCAUCCUACUGCAGUCAGUGUCGCCCUUUCCACACAAGAGCUCAAAAGGCAAGAAAGCACGUCCAUCUGCGAAGAAGCCUUCACGGCAGCAUCAGUCUCACACGCAACCCCACUACAGGCUGCGUCUGGGUGACGUGCCUUUUGUGGCAGGAACGUCUACAGGUACGAGCCACUCCGUGCGUGCGAACGUCCAGCAUGUGCUGCACCUCAUGAAGCAGCACAACCGGCAGCUGUGCAACGAGCGCGUGCUCAGCGAAACACCACUGGCCACGCGCUCCUGCAAGGCCACGUCCCACCGCUCCAGCAGCAACUCGGGCUCGUCGUCAUCUUCAUGCUGUAGCGAAGAGCUUUCCGAGCUACUGCUAGCUCUUCAAGACGAGUUCGGCCAGAUGAGCUUCGAGCACCAGGAGCUGGUCAAGCAGAUUCAGGAGUCCCGCUCAGAUCGGAUCCGGCAGGAUCUGGAGCGGGAGCUUGAGGCUCUGGUGAAGAGGAUGGAGAGCAAAGGGGACCAAAUCGCUAAGGUUCGGCGGCACCAGAUGCAGGUGGCGAAGCUGAAGAAGGAGUCGAGGCAAGGCCGGCGAGCAAGCGAGGUCAAAGUGACCACCACUGUGAGAACGCGGGGUCGGGCUGCUGGGCCGGUCAAGGUGAAACCAGGGGACCGUAGUAGGGACAGCCUACAGCUGCUGAGGGACAUGCAGAGCCUCCAAACUUCGCUGCGGAAUGACCAGAUCAGCUGGGACCACUGAGGGGGGCCUCCGAGAGCUUAUGGUCACUUCAUCCUUCACCUGCUGCCUUUCAGUGGCCUCAUGGACCUCUAACCACAUUAUGUGCACAGAAAUUAAAGACAAGCCUUAAUUUUUCCUCAGGGGUGACUGGUUUCCAAUAAGGGAGUAGCCACAUCCAGGGUUUUUUGGUUACCAUCUAAUUGUGUAGUCAGUUCACCUCGAAGAGACAAACGGCUUCAGAACUGCUGAGGCGUCUGUUGGGGAGCUUCUGGACUGCCGUCAUGCAUUGCUUUCCCUGCUGUGGAUCUUUUCCAAGCUGUAAUGCCAUGUCCAAGGUGUGAUUUGAACUGCUUGCAGGAGCACAGUGCUGUACCUCUCCAGGACAGGGUUUGGGGAAGCCUGGGCUAGCUGGGAAGUAUGUCCUGAUUUAGAAGGUGGAAGCUGAACCCUUGCUAGUUCCUAUUGGCAGAGAUUUGUGGAAAGAGGGGGGUUGAUGUGUUUUUGUAAAUACAAAUCCUCACCUGUGUGCACGCCGAGGAAAUGCGUUCUCGUGUGGCAGAUGUCACAGACACUUGUGUGCUUUAACAUGGCUAUGUUCCUAGCUUGAUUUUAAAUUACCUGUCUACUUUGAAUA